AUGAAAAGAAGAAGACGCAGUUCUGGAUCUCCUGGGACUCGCUGGAGAGGCCAGCAGCAUGCGAGCUGGUCUGUGUGCAGCGAGAGUCUUGCCAGGCGAUUGCAUCUAUCCAAGUGGGUAGCACUCAGCUGCUCCAAGGAUCACACCGCGAAGAUCUGGGAGUUUCACAGCAAAGAAUGUCGCGGCACGCUGGCAGGUUUGCACGAAGGUGCUGUUCGAUGUGCUGCCAUUGAUUGGAAGGAACUAAUGGCCAUAACUGGGUCAGACGAUGGCUCGAUGUGCCUGUGGUCGCUGGACAGAUGCGAAUGCAAGGAACAGUGGCUUUCAGGAAAGCAUGGCCAGCAAAUCUGUUUGGCAGCAGACUGGGAGAACGGGCGUGCAGUUACUGGCACCGCCCAGGGAAAGCUUUGCCUGUGGGACACCAAGAGGCUUGCGUUGCUCAGCACCGUGGCAGCGCAUCCCGGAGCUCGGAUCAACAAAGUCAUGGUGGACGUGGUGAUCGGCUUUGCAGUAACAGCUGCAGAGGAUGGCAGGCUUCGGGUUUGGGACGUGACCGUGCCCGAAUUGACCUGUGUAGGCACUUUCGAAAAGCACGGAGAGAGCGUUACCUCCUUGUAUGUCGACUUCAACAAGAAUCGAGUUCUUAGUGGUGCUGCUGAUGGUUCGCUACACUUUUGGCAUUUGAAAACACGCGCUACUAUUGCAAAGCUGGCUGGCCACACGGACAAGAUCAACAAUUUUCAGGUCGAUUUGCAGAAGGGGAUGGCCAUCACGGUGUCAGAUGACGAAACUGCUCGAGUGUGGGAUAUGCAUGGCUUCGAAUCCCUGGGUGUUUUAGAGGGCCAUUCCCUUGCCGUGCGCGACGUGGUUGCGGACUUUACCGAGCAGAUUUGCAUCACUUGCUCCGAUGAUGCCACACUGCGGAUUUGGGACCUGGUGGGCCGCUCGUGUAUAGCAACCCUGGAAGGGCAUGCGAGUCGAGUUACCUGCCUGAGUGCCAACUGGAAGCGCAAGCUCGUUCUGAGUGCCUCUGAUGACUACACGCUGAAGCUGUGGGAUGUUGAGAAGCAGUGGUGCGAGGAGGCAGCGGUGGCAGAGGUGGCAGAAGCGUGGUAUCUGCUGGGCAUCGUGAACGACAUUUGCCACAAGCACGAGGAUGUGGCGCACUGCAUGCGCCAGGCAAUGAAGUAUGGAGAGCGACUGGAAAUCUGGCCUUAUUUGGCUGACUAUGCAACCAGAACUGCAGACUUCGACAGCGCCUUCUUCUUUUUGGAGCGCGUGCAGUCGCUGGACCCGCUGGGCCCUUUGGGUGUCCAGGCGGCUUCUGACUGCAAGCUCUUGGCCCGCACGCUGCGCUGCUCUUUGGUGCGGCGCAAUUGCUGGCCGGACGUGGCCGAGGCCCUGGCCGGAAAGGAGCAAAUGGCGGAAACUACGUGGCGAGUCCAAGACUCCCACUGGCAGUGGCCUGGCGAUAUCCCUGACAACAUCCACCAGCUUCAGAGCGAGGAACCCCCAACUCCAUGCCGACGUGCAAUCUUUGAUGGCCUUGGGCAUGACACUCCGGUGCUGGUUUUGGAUAAAGUCUUCGGACCCCAGUUGCUGCAAGCACUUCAGUGCUGCGUGGAGGACUUCGCGGUGUGGAGGGCGAAGAGCCCCCAGCGGCUUCUGGGCUUUUGGCUUCCUGCUGGGCACGCGCCGCGAUGCGCGCCGGAGCUGGCCGGCCGCAAGCUGCUGCAGCUGCUUGGAGAGGAUUUGGACAUGGAGUGGUGGUGUCGAACGCAGGCACCCAGAUUGGGGGCCCACUUCCACUACGACACUCAUCCCUUUCUCGACCCAAAAUAUGGGCAUUUGCGACCGGUGUACGGCACAGUGCUGUUCCUUAGCGAUGUGGGUGGGCCUACCACGGUCUUGAACCAGACGGCGACUGUAGAGGGCCACUCUCCACCAGUGCCUGCGUGCGGGUGCGCCGUGGCGUGCCGAGCCAACCGCUGGCUGGUGUUUCCUGGAGAACUUCGCCAUGGGGCUGUGGGCUUGGACAAUCCCAGUGAAUUUGGGCAGCGGGCGGUGAUCCUCUACAACUUUUGGCGCAAAGAUGUGCCUCGGACACCUCGUUGCGUGCCGCCGGACUUCUCACAUUACCGGCCAGCUUGUGCGUGGGCCCCGACCGCCAAACACAUGCUCUGCCAGCAAUGCCUCGAAAGCUUCCAAGAGGAGCCCCUAGGCGCAACCAGGGUGAGCCCCCGAAACCUUUCGCAGCCCGAAUUGGAUCACACGGUGCCUAUCGAGGGCACUCCCAAUCUGCUUCCCAUGCCGGGGGCCGAAGCUUUGAGGAGCCUUGAGCAAAGUGGCUUUGUCAUGAUGAAUUGGCAAGCAGCGGCGCAAGAGUAUCUUGAAAAAGCCCAAGACUGCAACCACUGUGCAGUGGUGCUUAGUUGUACACUCCGAUGCAACCUAACAUUCAAGCAUCUGUUUCAUCAAAGCCAUUAA